AUGGACAAAUUAAGUGGAUCACAAAGCCUAACAAUUGUCAUUAAGCUAGGAACAAGUUCAAUUGUUGAUGAGCGCACACACGAGCCUAUCUUGUCUAUUCUGUCAGUGAUUGUUGAAACAGUCGCAAAACUUCGCAAUGAUGGCCACAGGGUCAUUCUAGUAUCUUCCGGUGCCGUUGGCGUCGGCUUACGCAGGAUGGAUAUUGACGAGAGACCCAGACAUCUCCCUCGGAUUCAAGCACUUGCUGCUGUUGGCCAAUGCCGACUUAUGAGCCUGUGGGACAAUCUGUUUGGGCACCUUCGAAUCCCCGUUGCGCAGAUUCUUCUUACUAGAAGUGACAUUGCAGACAGGACACAAUAUAUAAAUGCUCAAAACACGUUUGCGGAGCUGCUAGACAUGGGCGUUCUCCCGGUAGUUAACGAGAAUGACACACUGGCUGUUGCGGAAAUCAAAUUUGGAGACAACGACACGCUUUCGGCCAUAACAGCAGCCAUGGUCAGAGCCGACUAUCUCUUUUUGAUGACCGAUGUUGAUUGUCUAUACACUGCAAACCCUAGACACGACGCGAACGCACAACCUAUUGAAGUGGUUUCAGACAUAUCAUCGUUAGAAGCUGACGUGUCUACGUCUGGAUCGUCCCUAGGCACCGGGGGUAUGGGCACAAAAAUCGUUGCUGCACGCCUUGCGACCAGUGCUGGCGUUACGACCGUUAUUACCAAGAGUUCGAAGCCUGGAAACGUGCAUGAGAUUGUGAAAUAUUUGCAGGAAUCUCAAUCAGGAGUUCCUGUGUUUCCGCACACAAUAGAUAAACUCGAACAAACACCUCAGUCAUCAUCGGGACUGUCGAUGCCUCCACUGCACACGCGAUUUCUCCCAUCAAUCACACCAAUUCAGUCACGAUCAUUCUGGGUCCUACAUGGUCUCUCUCCCCACGGCAAUCUCUACAUUGACCAAGGAGCGUUGAGCGCCUUGCAGAAAAAGGCUAGUCUGCUCCCCGCUGGCGUCCUAGCCGUGGAAGGACACUUUGGGCAACAAGAGGCUGUUCGUCUCUUUGUUGUUGAGAAACGUGCAGACACUGCUCUAGAUGGCGAUUUCGUAUCUCAUGCCCAGGAACCCAGAGAGAUUGGACGAGCUAUCGUCAACUACGGAAGUCUAGAAAUCGAUCGCAUCAAGGGUAUCCGGAGUACUCAUAUCCACGCUGUUCUCGGAUAUGCGGAUAGCGAAUAUGUGGCUUUGCGUGAGAAUAUUUCAUUCUUUCCGAAGAGUGAAGUUCCGAGUGGCGCCGUCACACCUGGCCUUGCGGAUAAGAUAUGA